CGUUCGGGUUGGGUCCGAGCCUCACCCAAACCUGCCUGAACGUUCCGCGAUGACAAGCUUGCCACGCUGUGGUCGCCCUGAGGCAUGCGCGAUCAACUAAAGCUUGCGAGUUGCAGCCCCACGAUUGCGCCCCGCUUGUAGGACCUUGGGCUGCUGGCGGACUGACCCUCCAAACUCUGCUUCUUCCCAGUGUGAAAGCUAAGAUAGGCCCUGGUGGGGUGCGGAGGCUCGCCGGCACUGUCCCGCGGGUGAGGGAAGGAGGAAAGUGCGCCUUUGGGGGCUGCUGCCGCGUGAUCGGGCGGCUCCACCUGUGAUACUCAAGGGUUAAUUCUGCACUCAGGAAUUACUCCUGGCACUGCUCAGAGGACCCUGUGGGAUGCUGUGCGUGGCUGCAUGCAAGUUUCCUAUUGACAGGUCCCUGAGCAAACAGUGUGUGAGAUGGGCCGGACAUCCAAGGACAAGAGGGAUGUGUACUACCGCCUGGCCAAGGAGAACGGCUGGCGUGCACGCAGUGCCUUUAAGCUGCUGCAGCUUGAUGAGGAAUUCCAGCUCUUCCAAGGCGUUACGCGGGCAGUUGACUUGUGUGCAGCCCCAGGCAGCUGGAGCCAGGUGCUGAGCCAGAAGAUCGGGGGCCAGGGUUCUGGCCAUGUGGUGGCUGUGGAUCUUCAGGCGAUGGCUCCAGUACCAGGGGUGUUACAGAUCCAAGGGGACAUCACGCAGAUGUCCACUGCCAAGGAGAUCAUCCAGCACUUUGAGGGCUGCCCUGCGGACCUGGUGGUGUGCGAUGGGGCUCCAGAUGUAACUGGCCUCCAUGAUGUUGAUGAGUACAUGCAGGCCCAGCUCCUUCUCGCAGCUCUCAACAUUGCUACCCAUGUCUUGAAGCCAGGGGGUUGCUUUGUAGCCAAGAUCUUCCGAGGCCGAGAUGUGACGCUACUCUAUAGCCAACUGCGGGUCUUCUUCUCCACUGUGGUUUGUGCAAAGCCCAGGAGCAGCCGGAACUCCAGCAUCGAGGCCUUUGCUGUCUGUAAGUGUUAUGACCCCCCUGCGGGCUUCUUGCCGGACCUAACCCAACCUCUACUGGACCAUUCCUAUGAUCCAGAUUUCAACCAAUUGAGUGGUCCCACCCGCAUCAUUGUGCCCUUUGUGACCUGUGGGGACCUGAGUGCGUAUGAUUCAGACCGCAGUUACCCCUUGGACCUAGAGGAUGGCUCGGAGUACAAGUACACUCCACCCACGCAGCCGCCCAUCUCACCACCGUACCAGGAGGCCUGCACGCUGAAGAAGAAGGGACAGCUGGCCAAGGAGAACCAGCCCCUCACUGCUCCCCCAUGCCACACCGUGCUGGCUUCUGAGGUGGAAGACAGUGAAAAAAUGAAUUGUUCACCUUUAACAAAUUAAGGUAAACCACAAGCUGAUUCAACUUGGAAGCUGUUUGGUCUCAGGAAAGCCAGAACUUUGCGCUUAUGAACUUGUUUGCAAAUAUCAUCUCUUCCACCUGUCCUGCAUAUUCAAGCUCUGGUGGGACAGGACAACAUUUGUCAUGAAAAGCAUCCAGGAACAGAACUUCACCAAAUGCCCGUCAGUGCUGCAAUGGGAGUGGUCAUGUGAGGUCUUGCCACUUCUCUAAACCUUUCCGGGGCUGCCCUGAGUAUGCCCAGAGUUUUCACCAAAAACCUGGCAUCUUUAGCUGCAUAGAAAUUAGGGCUAUCCUAAUGCACUUGAUGGAAGAAAAUCAGAAUCUUUAUUUUCACUGGCAUAACUGAAGUUUCACUUUUUCUCCGAGAUAGGAAUCAUGGCAAUCGAUUACAAUAGUAAAGGUGGUAGCUGGUGAUUCAUCCCCAUCACCUCCACCCAAAUCCAAAUCAAAGUUGUUACUGACAGCUUGAGAUAUUAUUCACUUUAAUCUUUGUUUUGAAUCAUAGGUUUUAGCAUUUGAUCAUCUAAUUCAAAAGUCCAUAUAUGGCUACAUCCCAGUAUUAAUUCCAUUUUAAUAUAUGUGGCAAUAUUUUUCUAAUCUAAGCUACAGCUGACAGAGAACAAAGCUGACAUAGAGAAUGUAACUUUCAAGUUGACAAAAAUCAUGAUUUGAUCUAUGACUAUCCUGCAAAAUGAUUAACAUAAUAAGUUUGAUCAAUAGCCAUCUCAAAACGGAGUCAUAGAACUUUAUUUCUAGGGGCUGGAGAGAUAGGACAGGGGGUUAAGUCCUUGCUUUGCACACGGCCAACCCUGGUUUAAUUCCCAGAACCACCUCUGAAUACAGCCAAAAAGAAUCCCUGAGCACUGCCAUAUGUGGCCCAACCCUCCCUACCCCCCAAAAAAGAAAAACAUUUUUUCUUAUAAUAAGAACUUUUCAGAUCUGUUCUCCUAACAACUUUUGAACACAUUGCACAGUAUCUUUCAUUACACCCCCUCAAAAAGCUUAUUUAUAACUUACGCCUACACCUCUGACAACCUCUGACAACCACCAAUCUAGCCUCUGAUUCUAGAAGUUAGAUUUUCUAGAUUCUACAUAUAAGUGAGAUCACAUAAUAUUUCUUUCCUCAGACUUUUGUUUCUCAUUAUGCCCUCAAGGGCUCUCCAUGUCACCAAAGGUAAGAUUUACUUCUUUCAUUUGUAUUUAUUUUUUUACAGUUUUGUAGUUCAAGGAUUGUUUCCAGGCCUUCACACAUACAAGUCACUGAACUGCAUCCCUCUCAUUGUUUUGUUUUUUUGGGGGUGGGACCACACCCAGCAGUGCUCAGGGCUGAGUAUUGGCCCUGUAUUCAGGGGCUCACUCCUGGCAGUGCACAGGGGCCCUAUGUGGUGCCAGGGAUUGAACCCGGUUGGCUGUCUGCAAGGCAUGUGCUGUACCCCCUGCACUAUCUCUCUGGCCUUUGUUUUUUGGGGUUUCUUUUUGAUGGUUGAAUAAUGCCCCAUUGUAUAUAUGCCCUCCUGCAUUGCUGCAUAGCGCUUCAAUCAGUAGCAGACCACACAUAUGAUCACAGUCCCUAUAUGUAGCCUAAGAAUGUGUGAGCUCUGCUAUCUGAGUUUGUGUAAUUAUCCUCUAUGAUGUUUGCAUGACAACAGAAUGGCCUAAUGACGCAUUUCUCCGACUGUAUUGCUGUCACGAGGUGACGCAUGACUGUUGACCCUAUUUUCUUUAUCCGUUAAUUAGUAGAUAGAGAUUUAGGUUGUUUGCAUACCUUGGCUAUUGUGAAUAAUGCUGUAGUGAACAUGGGAGCACAGAGAUCUCUCAUGGAGAAGUUGCCUCCCUUCAGCUAUAUAUUCAGAGUUAGGAUUGCUGGAUCAUAUGGUACUUUUGUUUACCCUUUGGAGGAACUUCCAUACCAUUGAAUUGGUUUCUGUAGGAACCCUAUGCUGUUUGCUUGUGUGUGUGUAUGCACUCACACUCAUACUUUAAAAAAAAUUUUUACCCACUCCCUGUGAUGCUCAGGCAUUAUUCUUGGCUUUGUGCUCAGGGAUCACUCCUGGCAUUGCUUGGGAGACCAUAUGGGAUGCUGGGGAUCAAACACUGGUCAUCUGUGUGCAAGAUAAGCACCUUACCCACUGUACUAUCUAUCCAGCCCCAUGCUCAUACUUUGAAAAUACUCCCUGAAUUUUUAUUUUUUUUAUCGAAUCACUGUGAGAUAGACCCUUAUAAAACUGUUCAUGAUUAGGUUUCAGUCAUACAGUGUUCCAACACCCAUCCCUACACCAGUGUACAUUUCCCAGCACCAGUGUCCCAUCCCUGAUACUUUUUUAUUUUCUGUUUUUUGGCUCACACCUGGCGGUACUCAGGACUCACUCUUAGCUCUAUGUUCAGGGAGGAUCACUCCUGGCAGUGCUCCAGGGACUAUAUGGGAUUCCUGCAGUUGAACCCAGAUCAGCCACAUGCAAGUGCCCUACCCACUGUACUGUUGCUCUAACUCUUAAUAUUUUCUUUUUUUGCUUUUUGGGUCACACCCAAAAAACCCCGGCGAUGCACAGGGUUACUCCUGGCUCUGCACUCAGAAAUCACCCCUGGCAUGCUCAGGGGACCAUAUAGGAUGCUGGGAAUUGAACCCAGGUCGGCCGCGUGCAAGGCAAACACCCUACCCGCUGUGCUAUUGCUCCAGCCCCCAAACUCUUAAUAUUUUCAAUCUGGAUCACAGAUAUAACUGGAUAGCAAAGGGUUCCCCAAGACAGAUUUUUUUCCCCUUAGAUAACUCACUUGAUCUUAGCCAAAAGUCUGAGAAGCAAUCUCUUAGGUAACUCAAAAGGGCUAGAGUACAUGAUUGGAAGUGGGAGGCCUGGGUUGGAUCCCUGUCAUCAUGUCAUCACCACAUGUACAGUGCCAGGUGGGAUCUGAGUAGGCAUCAGAAGGAGCCCUGAGUACCGCCAGGUGUGUCAUAGAGCGCCAUAGGCUAAAAAUCAGGCCUCUCUUACACAAAUGUAACACGUGCCUGAGUGCCGUCCGGUGCUUCUGCAGUUCAGUAAAUAGGAGUUGACAAACAUAUCAGCUUCAAGGGUGGAACCAGUUUUUGCAGCUUACUGUUGUGUAGAAGCUUGCCUUCCUCUGUCCACACUCCAGUUCAGGGACAGGAUUACCUAUACCCCAUUCUGAAACCCAAGGUUCUUCUGUACCCGACAGUGAACUAGUGGGUUCCACACUGAAUCUCUGUAACCCUGGGUGGGAGAAACACCCCAUUGUGAGUCUCUUCACAGUCAGUUUGAGUACAGGAAUAUCUACACCCUGAUCUGCAUGAUCCUAGAAACGUGUGCUGGAAGUCAAGGGUGUUUAGGAGUAUCCACAUCUCCUAAGUGUGCCAGCCCAGGUAUGUCUUCAUGCCAGUGUGGGAGCCCCCAGCUGUCCCCUUUCCCUCAUCCUCCCUGCUCUAUUUUGCCUGACUCCAGACAAGUCCACAGGGGCCCAUGUCAAAGAAAGCUGCUCCAUGGAUAACCAUAUUGCUGUUCUUUUUUUUUUUUUUUUUUGCUUUUUGAGUCACACCCGGCAAUGGACAGGGCUGACUCCUGGCUCUGUGCUCAGGAAUAGUCCUGGCGGUGCUCAAGGGACCAUAUGGGAUCCUGGGAAUCGAACCCGGGUCAGCUGCAUGCAAGGCAAACGCCCUACCCGCUGUGCUAUUGCUCCAGCCCCAGUAUUGCUAUUCUUUGACCACUGUUACAUCUGUUCCCCAGUUUGUGUGUCCUCAGCUGUGUUGUAGCUCUGGACUGUGGGACCCCAGGAGUUUUCGGGCCCCAGAAUUGGUACCUCUGAGGGGGGUGUGAAACCUACAGGUACCAGAAUAUCAUUGUGGUGCCCCCAAUGUUGUCUACAUGCCAAUUUAUGUGACACCCAAGUGUCUACCCUCAGUUUUGUUAUUUGGUUUUAUUUUGGGCCACACCUGGCGGUGCUCAGGGCUGAUUCCUGGCUUUGAGCUCAGGGAUCAUUCAUAGCUUGGGGGACUUUAUGGGGUGCUGAGGAUUGAACCAGGUCAGCUGCAUAGCAAGUCAAGAGCUGAUAGUACCCACUGUACUAUCAGUCCAGCCCCAAGUGUCCACACACAGUUAAGGAGAAAUGUACAAUGCCCAGUCUCUGACCCUCAGGUAGUAUCAUUCCUGCCCUGACUCCCACCCCCAAUUUGACAGAAAAGUACCCCCAGCAUCUCUCCAACCUAGUGUGUGACGCCAGGAAGGCCUGGAUUUAGUCUCUGUGACACUAGGAGAUCCACUCCCUAAUCAUCCUGCUCCAGGAUAACUUACACCCAAACCUAAACAUCUCACGAAUAUCUAGACCAAUAUUUCCCCAAAUGGGCAAUAUUAUCCCCCCUUCAGAAGGGUGGGCUACUAGAGAACUAUGUGAGGUAGUAAUCUGUCACCUUGGGUGCAAUGGGUGGCUACUGUCUGCUCACUUUCUAGAAGGUCCCUUUCCAGCAAUGCCCUAAGUUUACUUUUCCUGAAAAAGAGAUACAAGAGGCUCUGUAAGUUUGGGAACCUCUGUCCUAGUCCCUCAUCUGUUUGCUGCCAGAAGUGCUCCCAGGAAGGCUCUAUCUGGGGGAAGAGUGAUUCAGAGAAGGGAAUAAAGACCCGGAGGCAGGGGCUUGCCUGGAGGGGAUCAUGGCAGGACGUGGGGUUCAGAGACCAGAGUUGAUGGGGAUCUGGUGCUGUUAGGCCUCUUUAAGAGCAAGGAGGGCCUGCUCUCUCUUUGAGAACAAGGCUGGGCCUGUACCAAACUCACAAGGUACAUUUCCCCAGGGUUGGCAGGAGAGAGAAAGCAUGUGGUGGCCUUUCAGUUCAGCAGGAAGUACUCUUGGGGACUGUGUCCAGAUGAGGGCAUCCGGCACCCUCAGGCUACGCCUGUCUUCCUCAGGGCCCUGGCUCUCUCCCUGACUUUGCAGACGAGUAUCACUUCUGUCCUGGCCAUCUCUUCAGGCUUCUCUGCUAUUCUCCCCGGGGUCCUCAAACACUGCAAGCCUUAGUUGGCCACAAGGCAUUUGCACAGGUCCUCCCAGUGCUGAAGAGCAGGAUGCAGUUCAAUUACUUGGUUGGCCCUGCAUUUUGUCUGCUUUGACAUUCUAAUGAUUCCUACUAGCACCCCAGCCUUUGCUCUCUUGUUCCUUGCUUUGUUUUUUUUUAUUGCAUAGCCACUUCCUAAUGUAAUAUUCUAGAUAUUUUGGUUGAGUCAGGCAAGGCCCUGGGUGAAUCACAAAGCAUACACAGCUAGAAUAAGGGCCAGAGAGUUAGCACAGUGGUUAAGGGGCUUUGCCUCACAUGAGACCAAACCCAGUUCAAUCCCCAGUACCACAUAGGGUUCCCUGAGCCAGGCUAGGAGUGAUCCCUGAGCCCAGAGCCAGGAGUGAACCCUGAGGUGCAAUUCAAACCACCUCCCUCCUGCCCCACCCCCUAAAAACAUAAAAUUUUGCACAGAUGCAGCCUGGGUUGAGGGAACAGGAAGUGAAAUGGUGUUACCAAAAGCUAGGAAAAGGUGCGGCUGAGCCCUGGCCCGAAACACCACACUAAAGUAGCGAGGGCAUGAGCAGUGAACCCUGCCUCUGCACCUGUGUCUACUCACCCACCUGGCUAAUAGCCAGAAGGGGACAGAGUUCACCAUGUUUAGCCUCCCGGGGUUGCAAGAGAGGCUAGGGAAGGAGAGAGAAUCGAUUGUGGGGGCUGAACCAUAAUGAAUAGCCAACAGCAGGGCCAGAGUGAUAGCACAGCGGGUUGGGCGUCUUCCUUGCUCAUGAGCAACCUGGGUUCAAUCCCUGGCACCCCAUAGUGUCCCCCAAACCCUCUAGUAAUGAUCCCUGAACUCAGCCAGGAGUAGUCUGUGAGCCAUAACACCAGGUAUGGCUCAAAAAGAAAAAAAAAGAAUUCUAACAAUUCAGUCAUCAUAAAACUACUUUCAAAAUGGGUGACGUGACAGUUUGAACAGACACUCCAACAGAGGGACUAGAGAUGACAAGUAAAGCACAAAGAGAUGCUGACUCAGCCUUUAGGGAAAUGGGUGCUAAACCUAUAAUGACAUAUCCCAGCCUCCACACAUUAGAAAGGUGAAACAUCAAAAGGAGCUCACACAAAGUGUCAGUGAGGAGGAUAGUUCAAUGGGGAAAUCACUUCAAAAACCAGUUGGGCAGUUUUUCAAAAAGAACCACAUGACCCAGCAAUCCCACAUGUAGGGAUUUAUAUAUGCAAGUGAAAUGAAAAGUUUACACAAAAACCUGUAUGCAAUUAUUUAUAGCAGCUUUCAUUCAUAAUUGCCCUGGAGGAAAGAACCCAACUGUCUUUCCACUAGCAAAUAACAUCUCCAAAUGGAUACAUACUUGGUACUCAGUAAUAGAAAGUAACAAACCACUGAUAGAUCACAGAAUCUUCAAUGCACUGUGCUUUGUGAAAAAAUGAAACUGUAUAUACUUAUUGAUAUGAUACCUGCAUGAUACACACAUGCUUCCACUUGUACGGCAUUCUGGAAAAGGCAAAACAGAUAGGGGAGGGUGGGCGGGGGGAAGGGUGGAAUUAGAGCUCAAGGGAGAGGCUGACUUCAAAGUAGCCACACAACUGUUUUGAAGUCAGAAAACUGCUCUGUGCCCAGCUUGGAAUGGCAGUUACUGUUAUUGCUCUUUCUGUUUGCCAAACCUCAGACAACUGUACACAGCAAAGGGGAAAUUUUACUCUAUGUAAAAUAGGCCUUGAUGACUAUGAAUUUUUUAAAAGUGCAAUACUUGAGCGAGCAAUAAAGAAUUGGAUGUCUAUGA